AUGCAGCGCGGAUACAUGUCCUUGUGUGGCAGCCAGGAAAACUUGCGAUGAGCACUGUGAAAGUACCAGGUUAGUAUUUAGAAAGUGCACUAUUUAGUAAAACCUGAUAUCUCCCAUCCUUGCUUUCGAAAUCUAGCGAAACGCAGCUCAAAAUGCUAAUUUCUUCCCCUCUUACGCACUUACACAUACUCUCUUCUUUUCCACCACUCACAACAGCAUAUCGGAUAGCACAAGUGCACCACAAUCCUCAAUUGGGCAUUGAUGGAUUUGUACGUUUUCGGUCACGACACUCUGAGAACAUUUGCAGAUACCGCGGGGACUGCCUCAACCAAGCGAUCUGCAAGUGCUCGUGUGAAGUGGAUCCAGCGAAGCCGGCGAAAAACGCGUGCUCCAAAUCGGAACGGUGCGACUGUUUGCGGAUAAAAGAGGGGUGCAGCAAGUUGUGCGCGUGUAAGCAGAUUUGUAAGAAUAAGGUGAGCGAUUGAGCACGUCCUUGAACCCGCAUUCAAUUUUUAGGAAGCGCCGAAGAAGUUGGCAAAAGUAGCCAAGCCGACGACUGGAUGCCAAUGCGCGAAAGGCAAGAAGCAGUGCGUGAAGAAGGAGUGCGCGUGCCGGACAGUCUACGGAUUCUGUUCGGCCAGCUGCAAAUGCGGAGGCGACUGCACGAACGGCGCUUCCAAGUUCUCGGUGCCAAAACACGUUCAGAAUUGUUUUCUGGAGCACAAACACGAGUCCUCGGGGCUCAUUGUGACGUUGAUCGGAGAAGAUUACGUGUAUCGAGGCGACUUUUACCACGAAUCGAAAGGAGAGCCGCAUGUAGAAGAGCAACUGGUGGCCGCCAUCUACGACCUCAUCUCCAAGUAUACAGUGGACCUCCACGAGAUUCAGAUCUUUGUCUCCAAGUCUCCGUGCUUCCAUCAAGACUGCGAGCCCAAGUGUGAAGUGGUUGAUGAGUGCAAAAGCAAUAAAGCCUGCGCGAAACUGCUAGGUCUUCUUCUGAGCAAGGUGCGGAAGGAGAUCAAGAAGGUGGAUGUGAAAAUGACUGUGAAGUUCCUCUAUCCGCAUCUGAAUCGCGGAGACCUCUACACGAAGCAGGGUAUUCUGUGCAUGCUUCAGGCCGGGAUUAAGGUGGAGCCGUUGCUGAUGAAAGACUGGUGCGCGAUUAUGGAUUGGAGUCCGCAUGUGGAUCAUAAGGGCGAUUAUCUGCAACUUUGGAAUAACCAUCACUUGGAUAAGGUGAGUGUUUCUAACAUAAUAUCCAACAACUUGUGGCGAACUCUUAAAAUUUCAGGCCGUCGCACAAUCCCAGUUGUUCAUCAACGAAUGUCGUCGAGCUCUCGGGCUCUCCAUGAAGUUCUGGGUGGCUGAAAUUCAUGAAAUUGUCAAAGACACCAUCCUCCACUUUUCUGACCUUCGCACCAAGUGCGGAGACCUCAACGACGCCCUCAAACAGCUCGAUCUCACGGCAACACCGCAUAAGAUCCGCUCGACGCCUUCGAAACGGCGCAGCUUCAUCGACCUUCACGAACUUCGCGACAAGCUGCUCCGCUCGUCGUCGUCGGACGGUGGAAAGAAGGCCGGAUCGCACGUGUCAGUGGCCAGGUAGCCUCUCCCGCAUCUCGCUUUCGCUAUCUGUUCCCACUCACCUUACUUUUUCUUUUCUGUUGCUGAUCCGCUCCUACUGCACAAUGACAUGUUGUAGAGAAUGUACAUACCUAGAACAUGCUUUUACUUUUCAAAAUGUGCUAGUGAAUUGUAGAAAGCUUUGAACGCUUUCUAACUGUCCCCUUUGGCACGAGCUUCUCACCCAAUCAAACGAUACUCUGCAACUAACUCCUCGUUAGCCGCAACGAUUAGAACGUGUCUUCAAACCAAAACUAUUAUCAAUUUCAGCGAGGAUGCUCAAGCACAGGCAAUGGUCGCCUCGUUCUGUGGACGAUCGUUCGACGACUGCGAAACGGACGAGAUUGCACAGCGCAUCCGUCGCGCCACCGCCAACAUCAACCUGGAAAUUGAGACGCUCAUGGAGUUCCUCAAUCACAAAGGCGCUCUUUCAUAA